CGUGGAAUAUUUAUCGUGUCCGGAAGUACUGUGGCUUUUUUGUGAAUCUUGGUUUAGGUUACCUUUCCUCUAAAGGGUCUUGUUGUUAUUUUUCUACAGCUUUAGCAAAAUAACGUUAAUAAUGUAGCUUUAACGACACAAAUACGUGUACUUUUUGUCGUAUAACCUAAACGAAGGACGUGUCGCAGCUAGAAACUGGAAAAAAAAUACUAUGUAGAAUGCUAGCUAGCUAACAGGCUAACCAGUUUGCCUUGUGUAUGUAGGUCUAUACGUUUACAGUUUGUCUAUAUGAAAGAAAAAUGACUAAGGCUCAAAUGAAAUCUGUUCAAACCAUUCGGUGGUGAAUGGUCUACAGUUUAAUUUCUACAUACAGCAGCAUUGAUGUCGGAGUCAUGGGACACAUAAGUAGUAUAACUGGACUCUAACUGGUCACAUUCAAGUCUUAAAAAUGGAAGAUAAAUACAGCAGCAACGUCCUCUCAGGGAGACAGCUGGGCAUGGUCGAAGUGCCCAAUUCCAGGUUAACCAGAUACAUAGUUUUUCUGGUCAUCUCAAAAAUCCUGAAGGCUCUGGGGAUCUUUGAAUCAUACGAUAUCCUAAAAGUUGUUCACAUUGUUCAGUUUAUCUUCAUAUUAAAAUUUGGGAGUGCAGUGAUUCUACUUUUCUUUCAAAAGCCUUUUUCCUCUGGCAAAGUCAUCUCAAAAAGACAGUGGAUAAAGUUACUAAAGCAUGCUGCUUUCAGCUGUGUCAUAUCACUUCUGGGUUUUUUUGGUCUUACUCUCUGUGGGCCUCUCAGGACGUUGUUGCUUUUUGAACACAGUGAUAUGGUGGUCAUUGCUCUCCUUGGUGUCCUGUUCACGAGUUCAGGCGGGGGGCCCUCUAAGACCAGAGGGGCUGCAUUCUUUAUCAUUGCUGUGAUCUGCUUGCUCCUAUUUGACAACGAUGAUCUAAUGGCAAAGAUGGCAGAGCACCCUGAGGGACAUCAUGACAGUGCCCUUACUCAUUGUAUUCACACUACCAUUGCAUUUUUAGGAGUUGCAGACCACAAAGGUGGCGUGGUAUUGCUCGUGGCCUCCCUUUGUCUGAAAGUUGGCUUUCACACAGCCUCCAGAAAGUUAUCAGUUGAAAUUGGUGGUGCUAAACGCCUGUAUGCCCUUGACAACUUGGUUUCUGCUGUAGUACUUCUGCCCUGGGUCAUAGUGUUGUCUGCAACCACAGAAAGCAAAGUUGAAUCUUGGUCAUCACUCAUCCUUCCUUUUGGAAUGAUCAUCUUUUCUGUGAUGAUCCUGGAAUUUUAUGUUGACGCCAUAUGUACCACAAAGAUGGAGGCACCAAGGUGUGCCUGGUAUGGAGCCAUUGCUCUCUUCCUCAGCGCCCUGCUGCUGGCUAACUUCUGGACACAUCCACUGACUGACCAGCUGCGCUCCAUGAGCAAACCGCCCCAGCAGGUCAGCACGGAGCACGUGCUCUCUGGAGGGGUGCUAGUCAGUGCUGUCUUCUUUAUGAUGUCGUCCAGUAUUCUUUCGUCUCCCUUAAAGAAAGGUCAGAAGGGUACUUUGGUUGGCUACUCACCUGAAGGGACUCCUCUUUACAACUUCAUGGGGGAUGCCCUGCAGCACACGUCACAGUCACUCCCACGGUUCAUUAAAGAAUCGCUAAAACAGAUUCUUGAGGAAUAUGACUCCAGACAAAUCUUCUAUUUUCUGUGUCUUAAUCUGGCUUUUACCUUUGUGGAGUUGUUUUAUGGGGUUUGGACCAACAGUCUUGGUCUGAUCUCUGACGGGUUCCACAUGCUGUUUGACUGCUCUGCUUUAGUCCUUGGCCUGUUUGCUGCCCUCAUGACUCGCUGGAAAGCAACCAGGAUCUUUUCAUACGGGUUUGGCCGUGUUGAAAUACUUUCUGGAUUCAUCAAUGGCCUGUUCUUAAUGGUGAUAGCGUUCUUUGUCUUUGUGGAGUCGGUCACCCGUCUGGUAGAUCCUCCUAACAUAAACACAGACAUGCUGACUCCGGUGUCUGUGGGAGGAUUACUGGUCAACCUGGUGGGUAUCUGUGCUUUUAGUCACGCACACUCACAUGGUGGCAAAAGCUGCUCAUCACAUGAUCAUGGCCACUCACAUCAUGGCCAUUCUCACAGCGAGCACAGCCACGGAGGUCAUGGCCACUCCCACGGGAGUCAUGCACAUGGAGGACAUGGGCAUAGCUCUCACGGGCACUCCCACAGCUCAGGGGGUGGCGGCAUGAACGCUAACAUGAGAGGUGUUUUCCUCCAUGUCCUGGCUGACACGUUGGGCAGCGUAGGCGUGAUCAUUUCCACUAUCCUCAUUCGUCAGUUCGGCUGGUUGAUUGCUGACCCCAUUUGCUCCCUUUUUAUUGCUACACUCAUUUUUCUCAGCGUCAUCCCUUUGCUGAAGGAUGCCUGUGAGGUGCUUCUGCUACGGACUCCCCCAGAACAUGAAAAGAACCUGAACAGAGCCCUGGAGAAGAUUGAGAAGAUUGAGGGAGUGUUGUCCUAUCGAGAUCCUCAUUUCUGGAGACAUUCAGCCAACAUGAUUGCAGGGACGAUCCAUCUUCAGAUUAUGUCUGAUAUGGUGGAGCAGAGGAUUAUACAGCAGGUAACGUCCAUUUUGAAAGAUGCCGGGGUGAAUAAUCUGUCAGUCCAAGUGGAGAAGGAAGCGUACUUCCAGCACAUGUCUGGACUCAGCACCGGAUUUAAUGAAGUUUUAGCCAUGACGCAACAAAUGGAGUCAAUGAAAUAUCUGAACGACGGGACAUGUAUCAUGUAACGCCCACUGGUGGGAUACCACGUAACUUCAGUAAUUGUUUUUAAUUGAAAUGCACACUAUGUGGUUUGAAUAAAUCUGAAUAUAUUGUUU